AUGCAGGAUGAGUCGAGGGCUGCGAGCUAUGUCCAUGACCUAGAGAGAAAAGUCGAGGAAUUGACCGCGCAACUGCGGGACAGUACAUCAAACCAGCAGCGCCAAGGUAAAGAGCAUUCCGAAUUUUGGACGACACGGAAUGGCCCUUCAAUUCUGAAUCCGGACAUUCGAACAGACGACAAUGAGCAGUCAUCAUCCGAGGCUGUUGGAGGGGAAGAGAUUCUGGAAGUGAAUCGACAUACCAACAGCAUCGAGUUCCAUGGAAACACCUCUUCUGCUGCUGCUCUCGGCCAACUGCAGAAAAAGCGAGAACCUUUGAAGAGCGUUGCACAUGAAGAUGAAGAUGAAGAACCAACUGUAUCAACACAUCAGGGCGGAGAAAGUGUACCAAAGUCUAUCGUGUCAACCUUGCAUAACCCUAAUUUCCAAAUUCAGUCGCCUCAACUAACCCAGGACGCGCAUGAGGUCAGCUUGAGAGACAGCAACUUUUAUUUUGAGCAUGCUCAUGUCUUUAUCGAAGGGUAUUUUGAGAACUUACAUUUCAUUCACCCGAUAAUCGAUAAGGAGAAUUUUGUGUCGCGAGCUCAUGAAUUAUGGAUGGGCAGGAAUUUGCAGCCUGCAAACGGUUUCAUCGCGCUGUAUCUGAGCUUGCUUUCCCUGGGAGCCCUAACUCGCGUGUGGGACCAGCCUCAAUUAGGAGGGUUGGGGAGGUUUGAAUGGAGUAGGAAGCUGUUCACGGAAGCUCAAGGGUUUUUACACAAUUCUUUGUUCACAAAUGACCUAGAAACAAUACAGGCUUUGUAUUUAAUGGCCAAAGUAUGCCAGAAUGAGCUUACUCCUCACCUGGCAUACAUGUACCUUGGACUCGCGAUUAGGACUUGUCUUGCUGCAGGAUUCAAUCGGGAGACAUCGAGUCCCAAGAGUAGACGGCAUGAUUGGAUAUCAAAAACCUGGUGGGGGUUGUACUCAUUAGAAAUAGAAAUGUCAUUCUCCCUCGGUCGACCCGAUACAUUAGGCAUGGACGAAUACCAUAACCGCUCACAGCCAGGCAGGGAAGAAGUGUGUGAUAGCACGGUGAUCCCCAUCAUGGUUGAUUGUGCUCGCAUUGUUCGUUCGGUAUCGAUUGAUAUCUAUCACUCGGGAGUUUCGACGCAUGAGCAGCUGCAACGUUCUCUACAGAUUGAAAGUCGACUAGACGCCUGGCUAGAAGAGCUUCCAGAGAUUCUGCAUCCGAGCUUUGGACAUUCCCGACAGGGCCUUGUGCCGAUUUCUUCCUUGAGAGAUCCCAAGUGGUCUCGGAGGCAACGGCUGGUUUUGGAGAUACGGUACCAUAACAUUAAGAUGAUUUUAUUCCGUCCGUUUCUUGCCUAUUUGACAUCUACCACAGAGGACAAGAGCGGCAAUAAUUGGGAACCUGAAGCUCAAACUGUGUUGGAAAUGGCAGCUCGCAAAUGUAUCGACUCGUCGAAAAAGACGGUUGACAUUAUUUACGAAACAUUUCGACAGCAUACUUUUUUCCGAUGCUGGUGGUACAAUACAACCUACAUAAUGUUCGCAGUAACAAACCUACUCCUUCUCCUCCUCAGGGGUCCAACAUCUCUAGUCGACCAUCUGGAAGCCAAUACGAUUCGGGACAGCGUUAAAAAGACAAUUGAGAUUCUUGAGGCCAUGGACGAAUCGGUUGUUGCUAGAAAGUCUGUUGAGAUUGUCAAAUCUCAUUUUAAGGAGUACUGUGACGGAGACGAUGCCAGUCAAAACCAGCAGCAGCUUGAUAACGAGGACGGUGACAUUCCGCAGCCUGAUAUGGCGGUUAAUCCGGAAGCGUUUCCUUUUGGAGGACUGUCGUAUGGGGAAUUUAUACCAGAUUUGACCUUUGUCACAGGCUUUCCGGACUAUCCUUUUGAGAGUAUGAUUAGUCUAUUUGGUGAUAUCACAGGACCAUCUAUACUAGACUAA